AUGGGGAAAAAGGCGUUCGCUACUAAGAUUAAACCACCUUCGUCUCGCCGUGAAGAAAACCCUGGAACGCAACCACCGCCGAACCCUCAACCUUCGGCACCAACUCAGCAAGCCCCACCGAUGAUAUCUCUAGACGCAAUGGCGGAGUUUCUCCGUUUACAAGACCCCACUAGGAACUGGGCGGCGGAGUUGGCGAAUUUCAGCCAAAUCAGAGGGCAGGGGAAUAUAACCGCACCCAGUGAAAUUCCACCUGCACCGGUCAGUCACGCAGAGGAACAAUCAGAGGAGGGAUCUUCAUCGGCGACCGCGCCGUCGGAGACCUCGGUGCCAGAUUCGGCGGAGCUCGACGCUGUCGCCGCCUAUUACGACUCCGACCCUGAGGAUCCUAAGAAAAGGACCAGCCAAGAAGAGACAACCCAUGAAGGGAAUGGCGAAAUGGAGAGAACACCUACUGUGGAGACCGUCCGUCAAGAAAGGGUUAGGGAAGAAAUAGAUCUGAACGAAUCGGCACAGAAGCGCAGCCUUAUGACCGAUACGGAGUUUGAGUCAAUCGUGGAAGAGGUAAACCGCAGAGAAGAUACUGCUUUGAUGGCUGAGGGUCUAGACCUCGCAUCAAGGUCAGUAGGAGGGGUUGAGAAAGCCGUUACAGGAACCACACCGGAAGGUCAUACUUCCCAGUCAGUAGAAGGGAAGGAGGAAGUACACGAAGAAGAGAAAGAGUCGGAGCCAGUAGAUCCCCGAGUGGAAGUAGGGGGUGGUGGAAUGCAAGUAGGAGAGGAGGAACCAGCUGCAGAAAUCCCAGAGCCAGAACCAGAGGCGCCUCCAGUAGUGAAGCCCAAGCCCAUAAAGCGGAGCUUAAUAUUGAAGGCUGAUCCUAAGGCAGACCGGCCUAAACCGCAGAGGGUUUCGCAGAGAUGCUUGGGAAAGCAGGGCGCACCCCAAUUCUACGCAAUGGGAGAAGAAGCUGUACCGACUGGGAGAUCUGCAGUACAUCCGGGAACACAGGAUCAGGAGCAGAGACAAGAAAGGAUGGAGAAAGCGAUGGAAGAAGUGAGAGAAGAAAAUCAACAGUUGAAAGUGGAGGUGAUGCGAUUGGCAUCGGAGGUGGAACGAAUGUUGAAAGGGGCUGCAGAGCAGAAGUUGUUGGCUCAGAGGCAGGCCUCGAUGGAGGUGAUAGUGACAGAUUUGGGAAAGGAGAACUACAAGAUGCAGCAAGCAAUGAAUAGGAUGUUAUCCAAUAUCGAUAGCAUCCUAGGAGAGAAUACCAACCAGAGGAAGGAACAAGCUGUUGAACCAAGUGGCCAUGGAGGCCGAGCUGAUGAACCGCAAGUACCUGAGACAGAAGAAAAGGAGACCGAUGUGCCGGCGCAUGCUGAGGAGCCGGCGGACUUUGACGAGAACCAAGCUGGAACUGAAAAGGAACCACCUGCACCGCCUGCGCCGCGAAGGAGCAGGCGUCACCGAUAG